CGCGCUCGGUCCGGUCGCUCCCUCCGCGCUGGGGCCCGCCCGCGGGGCCGGCCGCCUGUCAGAGGGAGGUGGCGAUGGUGCGCCCGGUGGCGGCGGCGGUUUCGGAGGCUUCCUUGGUCGGAUUGCAACGAGGAGAAGAUGACUGACCAACCGACUGGCUGAAUGAAUGAAUGGCGGAGCCGAGCGCGCCAUGAGGAGCCUGCCGAGCCUGGGCGGCCUCGCCCUGUUGUGCUGCGCCGCCGCCGUCGCCUCAGCCGCCUCGGCGGGGAAUGUCACCGGUGGCGGCGGGGCCGCGGGGCAGGUGGACGCGUCGCCGGGCCCCGGGUUGCGGGGCGAGCCCAGCCACCCCUUCCCUAGGGCGACGGCUCCCACGGCCCAGGCCCCGAGGACCGGGCCCCCGCGCGCCACCGUCCACCGACCCCUGGCUGCGACUUCUCCAGCCCAGUCCCCGGAGACCACCCCUCCUUGGGCGACUGCUGGACCCGCUUCCACCACCUUUCAGGCGCCGCUCGGUCCCUCGCCGACCACCCCUCCGGCGGCGGAACGCACUUCGACCACCUCUCAGGCGCCGACCAGACCCGCGCCGACCACCCUUUCGACGACCACUGGCCCGGCGCCGACCACCCCUGUAGCGACCACCGUACCGGCGCCCACGACUCCCCGGACCCCGACCCCCGAUCUCCCCAGCAGCAGCAGCAGCAGCGUCCUCCCCACCCCACCUGCCACCGAGGCCCCCUCUUCGCCUCCUCCAGAGUAUGUAUGUAACUGCUCUGUGGUUGGAAGCCUGGAGGUGAAUCGCUGCAACCAGACCACAGGCCAGUGUGAGUGUCGGCCAGGUUAUCAGGGGCUUCACUGUGAAACCUGCAAAGAGGGCUUUUACCUAAAUUACACUUCUGGGCUCUGUCAGCCAUGUGACUGUAGUCCACAUGGAGCUCUCAGCAUACUGUGCAACAGUUCUGGGAAAUGCCAGUGCAAAGUGGGUGUCAUUGGCUCUAUAUGUGACCGAUGCCAAGAUGGAUAUUAUGGCUUUAGUAAGAAUGGCUGCUUGCCCUGCCAAUGCAAUAAUCGGUCUGCCAGUUGCGAUGCCCUCACAGGUGCUUGUUUAAACUGCCAGGAAAAUAGCAAAGGAAAUCACUGUGAAGAAUGUAAAGAAGGAUUUUAUCAGAGUCCUGAUGCCACUAAAGAGUGUCUUCGCUGCCCUUGUUCAGCAGUGACAUCUACAGGCAGCUGCUCUAUAAAAUCGAGUGAAUUGGAACCUGAAUGUGACCAGUGUAAAGAUGGUUACAUAGGCCUGAACUGCAAUAAAUGUGAAAAUGGCUAUUACAAUUUUGACAGCAUCUGUAGAAAGUGCCAAUGUCACGGCCAUGUGGACCCAGUUAAAACUCCAAAGAUUUGUAAGCCCGAGAGUGGUGAGUGCAUCAACUGCCUCCAUAACACCACUGGGUUUUGGUGUGAGAACUGCCUAGAAGGUUAUGUUCACGACCUCGAGGGAAAUUGCAUCAAGAAAGAAGUUAUUCUUCCAACACCUGAAGGUUCUACCAUUUUGGUUUCCAAUGCCUCUUUGACCACAUCAGUGCCCACCCCUGUUAUAAAUAGUACUUUUACCCCUACAACCCUGCAGACUAUCUUUUCAGUAAGCACUUCUGAAAACAGCACUUCAGCUUUAGCUGAUGUAUCAUGGACCCAAUUUAACAUCAUCAUUUUGACAGUCAUCAUCAUUGUUGUGGUGCUGCUAAUGGGAUUUGUGGGGGCUGUAUAUAUGUACCGCGAGUACCAAAACCGGAAACUCAAUGCCCCCUUUUGGACCAUCGAGCUGAAAGAAGACAAUAUCAGUUUCAGCAGCUACCAUGACAGCAUUCCCAAUGCAGAUGUUUCGGGAUUGUUGGAAGAUGAUGGCAAUGAAGUGGCUCCCAAUGGGCAGCUGACCCUGACGACGCCCAUACAUAACUACAAAGCCUAAGGAGCUAGAACUGUUCUGAAUUGUUAAACCACAGUGCUUGCUAAGACAGCGUCAGCCCCUGGGCCAGACAAAGCCUGGCUAGAGUUUGCUGAGAAAGCAAAGGCAAAUAGUGCAUCUGAAAUUUUCAGGUACAAAUUUGUAAUGCGCUUAGCCUAUCUAUUGCUCUUAGUUUUCCCAUGAAGAUCUGAAGCGUUCACUGUCAUUAGGACUUGAAGUAAAGUAUAUUUUUGUACCAAACCACAUGGGAGUAUGGAAAGGCUGAACCCCAUAGUGCAGCCCAAAACCACUUUGACCUCCAGAUAGACUCCUGGGGAAGCGUUCACCAAGCCAGUGGUAACAAGAUGAUGGAUGUGGAGGGGGAAAAGACUGCUGGAAGACUUCAUCUCCAUUCCUGAAACAUUUUUUUAAAAACAGGGUCAGGGAUUAUAUUCAUUUUAGUAUACAAAAGGACAUCAUUGAGGAAAAGCUUGUUUCUAGGCUGUAUCACAAUAAAUAAUCUUGAUUGUUUCUAGAACAGGGGUAGAAAAGUCCCAAGAUCUUCAGAAGGGCUUGGUUUUUUCCUCCCGGGAUUCUUGCUCAGUGAUGAGUUGAAAGCACAGGAUAAGCUUCUAAGGGAGGAAGGCAGCAUUGGGGAGCAGGAGGCUGAUGGUCCUCCUCAGGGUCUCAGUGUAAAUGAUAAAUUGUCUAAAAAUAAGGAAUAUUCCUGCCUCUAGAGAAAUAAGGUGUACAUAGUUAAUGUAGCAUAUCUGGUCGACAUUGUAUUUGUAUCUAUUUGUAAAAAAAAAAUCAUGUCAUAUUUUAUCAUCUGGAAUUUAUUUGUACAGCAGUUAAUGGUGUUGUAAAAAGAAAAAUAUGGGGAUUGCUUAAAAUACUGUAAAAUAGAUGGCAAUAUUGCUAGAGCUGGGACUCUGGUGAGCAUCCGUCAUUUUUAGUCCUUCUUGAGGACAUUGCUGAAAUUUAUAAGAGGUCGAAUGUUUCUAAUCUUUCUUUCCUUUCUCAGUCUAAAAGUAGAGCUGUAUGCUCUUUGACUUACUAUGAUUCAAGCAAUAGAUUUUGAAGUCAGUAAUCGUUAAGCUGGGACAUAGGAUGCAUUCUCCAAAAACAUUAAUCUAAUUAGACAUUAGCCACCCUAUAUAUUUUACAUAGAUUAAUAUAAAACAUAUCCUCAUUAAAAAAUGUUUUUCUUGAAUGUAAAAGAUAGUCUUCCAAAGGAUAGAAAUAUUAUAGUUCCAAGAGAAAAGCCAUCAUAUUACUUGGGAUCUGUAGUUUUCAUGCCUAUGAAAUAUUUAUAAUCCUCCCUCACCCCAAAUAAAAAAUCUCCUACAUGUGAACAUAGCCUGUCACUCAUUUGCCGUGAGGGAUGUGCCAUCUCCCUGCAGUGCUAUAGUUCUCCCAUUGUCUUCCUGUCUGGUUAAUGAGCAGCUUUGUAGAUGGGUGUGUCUAGUUAGUUCUUGCUUUUUGAUGCAGUUUUUUCCUAGAGGCCAACUACUGUUGCUCUCGUUUAUUAUGAUGUUGACAUUUUGGGUUAAGCAAGGUGGGUGGGAAAGGUGGUCAGAUGUCAAAUAUAACUUAUUAGGAGGAACAGUGAACUGUGAAGUGGUUAGAAAAAAAAUAAAAACUUCUUCUUAGAUUAGACCUAGGAAAUCCAAGCUGACCCCUUUGCCUAACUUCCCUAGAGAAAAACCUAGAACUUGGUCAUCCCUUUACAGGAGACCCCUAAGUUGUUCUCAGGGUUUGGAGAUGAUGUUCUGGAGGGAGUACAAGCAAAUAAUCUACUUCUGGUAAUCUGAGGGUGCUUUGCGUAUUUGGCCAUUGCUCAGAAGAAUAGAGGUUACAUUAUAUUACAUUAUAUGAAAAUUAUUUAGUUUUUCUAUAGCCCUUUGUAGUUUGCAAAGCACUUUUCCAUAUGUGUGUCCUCUCUUCCACACCAUAGCCCCCUGAGGAAGUAAUUGUUGUCCCCAUUUUAUAGAUGAAAAUACUGAGGCACAGAGGAGCUAAAUAUCUUGUUCAAGGCUAUACAAUGUGUGUGAUUAUUAGGCUUGGAAUCAGGGCUUCUAACUCUAAAGCACAUGUUUUUUCAACUAUAUGCAGAAAUUGCCUAGCCAUGGACACAAGAAAGCUGGGAGGAAGAGUUCUACUUGUGGAUGUUUUUAAUUUUUUUUUAAUAUCAGGAGCAAUCCAGGGCCAUACAGCUAUGAAGCACUUAGUGAAAAGAACACAAGAAGAUUUACUAUCUGAAGUUAGUAUUAGUGAUUAGAAAACAAAACUGCCAGUUUGUGCUUCAUUAAGGUGAACUCAUCUCUCCAAGCAGGGAGGGAAAAUUUGCUUUCCCUAGCAGUUGCUGCGUAUGUGUGUACAGACUGCACAAUUCUAAGAAAUUGUGCAAAAUGGCAUACCUGUCUUUCUCCCAGAUACACCGCCCCCCGCCCCCCAAAAAAAGGUCAGGAUUAAAGGUGGUGAGAAGUGAACAUUUAUUAAACAGAAGUUAAACCAAUAGAGAGAAAGGAGGUUUGUUGGAGUCUAAGAGGAUUUUGACCAUGUAGAAAUUCCUUGAAAUAGACCUUAAAAGGUAUUGAAAAAUUGAAUCACAAAGAAAGUUUACCUUUAAAUACUUGUUAAUGGCUCCUAGAUCAUGGUUAUAAUUUUUCUCAAUGGGAAAAAAAGUCUUAAAAUUUGUUUUAAAUAAUAUCCUCUCAUGUCUCUAGCUUUUUGAUUCUGGAAAUAAUUUGCUUUAAAAUAUAAAUCAAUCAGAAAGUGAUCUACCACUGAAAUCAUUCUAGGAAACUAGCAUGGGAUGCACUGCACAAUGUUCUUUCCUCCAAAGGCAUGGGUCCCAUAAACUGUGGCAUCUGGCAGGAGGAUGCCAUCAGUCCUUUAGAAAGCCUAAUUUUGGGCCGGGUGCGGUGGCUCACGCCUGUAAUCCCAGCACUUUGGGAGGCCGAGGCGGGUGGAUCACAAGGUCAGGAGUUCGAGACCAGCCUGGUCAACAUGGCGAAAUCCCGUCUCUACUAAAAACACAAAAAUUAGCCGGGUGUACGUGCCUGUAGUCUCAGCUACUUGGGAGGCUGAGGCAGGAGAAUCACUUGAACCUGGGAGGCAGAGGUUACAGUGAGCCGAGAUGGCGCCAUUUCACUCCAGCCUGGGCGACAGAGCAAGACUCUGUCUCAAAAAAAAGGAAGAAAAAGAAAGCCUAAUAUUGGGAGAAUGUUUGUGUAAGGAUUGGAAAUGUGUUUAUUUUUAAAUAAGAUAGCACUGAUGUGAAUCUUAUUUGGGAAUUACAGAUACUGCCAUUAAGCGAUGCUUUUAUCUUCAUUAAUUCAUUUUAGUAAGCUCCUAUGCAUUUCUGAUGGUUAGGUGCCCUACGUAGUGUUAAGUAUGUCCGUGUCCUCCCUUACUCCCCUCUCGCUCCCUCUACCCUCUAUCCCCUAGGGUUCUUUUAUUAAUGGAAUUUCUCCAGUUAUAGAGAAAAAAAUGACAUUUGAAAACUAAAGCUCAUUUAUAUUAAUACUGAGGUCCUGUGGGCCCAGUGCGUUACUCUUCCCAGUGAUACCUAGAUUUUAAGAGUAGAGAACAGAGGAAACAUGGGAUGAGAGGAGAGAGGUUUUUUAGACAACAUUUGUAGACACCUCAAAUUAUAUCACUAUUCUCUAGCACCAAUAUUCCCAGGUAAAUUGACCAUUAAAGCAAUACUCACUGACCUACUAGUUUAUUUUGGUCAGCUGAGUGCCAUCAGGAUAUUUAGCCCUUUAAGUGCUGUUUUGGGAGUAGAAAACUAAAGCAACAAUACUUCCUCUUGACAGCUUUGAUUGGAACGGGGUUAUUAGAUCAUUCACCUUGGUCCUACACUUUUUAGGAUGCUUGGUGAACAUAACACCACUUAUAAUGAACAUCCCUGGUUCCUAUAUUUUGGGCUAUGUGGGUAGGAAUUGAAUUUCCACAUCUCAAGGCAAGCUCUCUGACAAAAAGUUCAGAGAAGUAAAAAGCAACCCAGUGUAACCUAUUACAGCAAGAAAAGCAUUUCUGGCUUCAUCCACAAAGAACCUUUGGUCUGUUAUACUCUUCUUGAUAGUAAGGAGUUUGGGAGCUAAAAUAAAUUUGGCGUGUGCAGGGGAAUAAGGGAAGGUUAGUGCAUUUUUCUGUUUAACCCUGAGCCAGUGUCUAUGCCAAAGGGAAAGGCAGGAAGAAUACACUCAUACAUCUGAAGAAGUCAAAUAAUAUCAAACGGCCUAAAGGUUAUGGAUCAUUAAAAUGUCAGUGGUUGAAUGAUGUUUGCUCAAAGGCAAUUUGGGAAUCUUUCUUGUUACUUAUGCAUACGCAAUAACUGCAGCAGCAGCCCUAGAAAGUAAGCCCAGGGCUUCAGAUCUAAGUUAGUCCAAAAGCUAAAUGAUUUAAAGUCAAGUUGUAAUGCUAGGCAUAAGCACUCUAUAAUACAUUAAAUUAUAGGCCGAGCAAUUAGGGAAUGUUUCUGAAACAUUAAACUUGUAUUUAUGUCACUAAAAUUCUAACACAAACUUAAAAAACGUGUCUCAUACAUAUGCUGUACUAGGCUUCAUCAUGCAUUUCUAAAUUUGUGUAUGAUUUGAAUAUAUGAAAGAAUUUAUACAAGAGUGUUAUUUAAAAUUAUUAAAAAUAAAUGUAUAUAAUUUGUACCUAU